GAUAGAAUCACGUGUUGUCCUUAUUUUUUCUAUUUUUAUUCAUUUUAUAUUAAAAAAAAAAAUCCAAAUAAAUUCUAAAAAUGUCAAAUAAGAAAAUCAAGCUCGAUAGUCUUGUGCAUCCAAUUAAAGUCACUUUUCACUGCACGAUCAAAAAUGACUUUGAAAUGAAAAUUCGCGAAGAAAUGCUCGACACCGGCGAACAUUCCGACAUCGAAUUAAUUGUUGGCAAAGGAGAUGCUCAGAAAAAGUUUCGUGCCAACAGUUUCAUUCUCAAAACUGGAUCGAAAAAAUUUCGAGAACUCUUGGAUGGGAAAAAAAGUUCAAUUGAACUACCGGAUAUCGCUCCUGAUUUUUUUGAGAUUUUGUUGAAAACAAUUUAUGUGAAUCGCUUCGAUAUCGAGUCAAUCGAAAGUGCAGCAACGCUCGCCAAAAUCUUCGAAGAGUUCGGAUUGAAAUCCGCCGCUGAUCGAUGUCACGAAUAUUUGAACGCCAAGGAGAAUCUUUCGCCAGAAACGGCAAUUUCCAUCUACGAAUCGACCGAAGGUUGUCCGGAUAACGACGAAAUUUCGCAAGAAUGUCUUUCGAUCUUUCGUUUGAAGACUCGUGAAGUUCUGGCUUCCAAAGGAUUUCAUUGUGCCAAGCCAGAAACUGUCUGCAAAAUCUUCGAAUUGCCCGAACUUUGCAUCCGAAGCGAAAUUGAACUUUUGGUCGCUCUCGCUUCUUAUGCCGAGACGAACGCUGCGUUGCCGGGUCACAACGACGCCGGAAAUCACGAACGUUUUCUCGCGAUUGUUCGUCCCGCUUUGUGCUUAAUUCGCUUCCACACCGUGAGUCCUUACGAGCUCGCAAUUUGUCCCGCCGCGAAAAUUCUCUUCACAACUGAGGAAUUUCUUGCGGUUCUCGCCAACACUUUGGUCUGUCAAAACUCUCAAAUCGCGUAUCCGCGAGAUUUUUCCGGCAGCAUCGUUCAUCGCGAAAUGUUGGCGCCUCAAGAUUCGCGUCACAGUUUGGAUUCGACGGGAAUUUGUUGCAAAAGUGCGAAUCAGAGUUUGAUCGCUCGUGAAGCGACAAUUUUGUGGAAUGUCACGGAUUUGGCUCGACGUAUUAAUCCGACGCCAACUCAAACGAACGAAAUUUGUGAAGAAGAAGCUCCGAACGGGAAUUCGACACUUACGAAGGAAAAUGUUGUUGAUGACAGUUGGCAAGAUACUCCGGUAACGACGAAGGUAAAUAGUGCAAAGAAAGCUUCGGUUAAACGGUCUCUCGGAGGAAAUCCUAAAAAUGGAAAGGAAAAUGUUAAAGAAAAUGGGAAAUUGAAAAAUGGUAAAAAUGGAGUUCCUUUGGUUGAAAACAAGAGUAUGAGAACAAUUUCGGUCGAUGAUGAUUUGUGGGAUUAAAUUUUUGUAUUUUUUAAUUAAAAUUUUGGUUUGCAUGUUUUUUGAAUGAAUAAAUAAAUGUUUUUCUUGUUUGUUAAAAAAAAAUU